CAACAUUGUGUGAAUAAUAUACUUCCGUCUUCUGCAUUGACGUACUGAUACUUGAAUAUAUAUUACACAUUAGUCACCAAAACACGGAAUCACAUGAGGCCGUCGUCAGAUGUACAAUACACAAAACCUGUAAGACAUAUCUAAUUUUGGAAAGUGGGGGAACAGAAACAAUAUAGACAAAACAAAAUGGACUUAUUUAAGAAGAAACCAACUGUGCAAGAACAACUUAGACAGAAUGACAGACAAAUAAGAAGAACACAGAGAGAUUUAGAAAGAGACCGAGGGCAGCUAGAAAAACAAGAAAAACAAAUAGAAAUAGAAAUAAAGAAAGCAGCCAAAAGAGGAGAUAAACAGACUGCAACAAUUCUAGCAAAACAAUUAGUCCAGUUGAGAAAACAAAAGACAAAGAGUUUUGCUGUAGGCUCUAGAAUACAGGGAGUAGGACAUCAGACAAAGAUGAUGCAUUCGAACAUGAAAAUGGCAAAUGCAAUGGGCUCAACAACAAAGGCCAUGCAGUCCAUGAAUAAAGUGAUGGACCCACAGAAAACUAUGAAGACAAUGCAGGACUUCACAAAAGAAUCCAUGAAGAUGGAUAUGUCAGAAGAGAUGAUAAAUGACACUUUAGAUGAAAUAUUUGAUGAAUCUGGAGAUGAAGAGGAACAAGAUGCAAUUGUUACACAAGUGCUGGAUGAAAUUGGAAUUGAAAUAUCAGGAAAGAUGGCAGAUGCUCCUUCUGCUCACAAAGGAAAAUUGGGAGAGUCCUCAAAGGCAGAUCAAGAUAUUGAAAGACAGCUUGCUGCUCUGAAAGAUUUAUAAAAUGGACUUAUGGUAAAUGCACAUUGCCAAUUAAGACUGUCACUGUGUGUAUCUCUAAAAGUUAAACCCCACCAAAGUCGUAAAGAACAGUGAAUAUUAUACAGAUAUUUUCAGCUGAUGAACAUAUUCAUAUUUAAUGCUAUGGUCAAGAAAGAAAUUCCUAUUUUUUCAUGAAGAAUUAGAUAUUGUAGAAUCAACAUACUGGGAAGUUAAAUGAUUAUUUGGUGUGAUGACAAAUGCCUCUAAAAUUGAAAAAGAAGGUAUAUUUCUGAGACCCAUCUGUAUGUUAUCUGAAAUCAUUAUUAAGACAUUUGUGCUAUGUAAUUAUACAGCACCACAUUUCAGUUUGAGGAAAUGGUUUUCCUUUGUAAAUCAUUGUCAAUAGACGUAGCAUUUUUCACCAUGUAAAUGGUCUGUUGUUUUUCCCAAGCAAGAUAAUACGCAGAACCCAUUUAAUACUGAUUUGAAUGAUGAGGCAUUGUUUUUAAAUGUAUGUGUGCAAUGGUGCACAAGCAAAAAUUAAAAUGAGAUGUAGUGUUCAAUUACCAUUGUGUACAAUUA